GCAGUCGUUGAUUUAAAGCGGCAAUGGAUAAAGAGCAGUGAUAUUAAUUCUCGUAUUUACACAAUUAUAAGUGACGACAAAUAUGUCAAUAAACAAGGACUUACCAGGAUUAGUAGAUAGUAAACUCUUUAUAAAAACAGAAAUUGAAACAGAAGGACAUGAAUUGUGUCGUUUGUGCGUUGCAAAUUCCUUACAAUAUUCGUCAAUAUUCCUUGACAAUCUUCAUCUAUCUCUCAGGACAUACCUUGGAUUACAGAUAGAAGAAACGGAUAAUUGGCCUAAGUUCAUUUGCCGAAAAUGCUUCGAUACGGCAAAUGUAUGCGUGGAAUUCAUCUCAACGAUACGGGAAAGCGAAUCCACUUUGAAAAGUAUAUACGGAGAUUUAAGAGAUUUGGACAGAAAACCUGGCAUUGAAAUAGUAGAUAUAAGGUCAGUCCCUCAAUAUGAAUUUGAGGUGAAAAGGGAAGAGGUAGAUGAAGAGGUUCCUUCGAGGAGGAGGUCCGUGAGAAAGGUAGUAAAAAAGCCCAUCAAGACAUCACCAAAGAAGAGAGGACGACCUCGGAAGCAUAAGAUCCCGGAUGAAGAUUUAGUAAAACACGAAUCAGAUGCACUGUUCUUAGAGUCUCACUCUUCAAAUCUGAUAGUUAAGUCGUCCCCAGUGUCUGACUCUCAACCAGAAUCGCCAUUUGUUCAAAACGAUGCAAGUGAAGAUGAGAAAAUUGAAGAGAAACCAGGAAAAAUUACCCGUAAGAAAUUAGACAUCUCAGAGUAUACAAGGAAGGUUGAAGAAUUUUUUAAGAUGGACUGUGACAUAUGUGACCAAUCAUGCAAUACACUACCAAAUCUACAAAAUCACUACCGUACAGUUCACAAUCGAAAAGGAUAUGUGAUGUGCUGCAAUAUAAAGCUCAAUCGACGAUCGAAAGUCCUGCAACAUUUGGAACUUCAUAAAAAUCCAAAUGCCUUUCAGUGCACCCAAUGCUCAAAGACAUUUAAGAAUAAGGAGGGUUUGCAAUUGCAUACAGUAAACAGUCAUACUCCCAAAGAACUUCAUAAGUACAAAUGCUCCAAAUGUCCAAAAACAUUUAUGAGUCCCUUUCGAUUUAAUGCCCAUUCCCUUGUACAUGUUACUGAAGAGGAAAAGGAUCAUAUUUGUCCGCACUGCAAUAAGGCAUUUCCAGCAAAAGCCAAUCUUCGCAAUCACAUUAAAAAUAUGCACGAAGAAGUGGAUUAUCAUGUCUGUGAAAUCUGCGCAAAAAUGUUCAAGAGCAAGGAUUUCCUACGCCAUCUGACAACCCAUUCAGACGAGAAGGUUGAAAAAACUCUUCCAUGUCCAAUAUGUGGCAAAUUAUUCCGGUACAAGAGUCAACUGAAUCACCACAUUGAACGUCACAAUGAUUCUGGUCAGGUAUUUCGAUGUCAUCUUUGCAAUAAGGAAGCACCCAAUAAAUCUGCUUUGCAGAAACAUAUAAGAUUUGUUCACAUCCGCGAAAAGAAACAUAAAUGUAAUCUCUGUGAAAGUGCUUUUAAAACACCUUUGGGAUUGCGAGAACACAUGGCAACUCAUACGUCUAAUCAAAUCCUCUACACCUGUCUCUUCUGCCCCAAACAAUUCAACAGCAAUGCUAAUAAGUACGUUCAUCAGAAACGGAAGCAUCCUGUGGAAUAUGAGGCCAUGAAGAAUAAAAAGGAAACUGGAAAUCUCCAUAACAUGGAAUCAUAAGUCGGACAGUGCUGAAAACCGGACACAUCAAAACUCGAAGUAUAAAAGACGGUUGUGGCAUACAAA